AAAAAGUCAUUCUUUUUAUAGAUCUUUGCCGGCGCUCACGUUCGGCAUUGGAAACGUUUGGAAGACUGUGUAAAAUGGUCUUUAAAUGCCAAGAAGAUAGCUUUUUGCAAGAAUUUCGAACAAAGGUGGUGUCCUGCGAAAACGCUGCAGGCGGUUACAACGUUGUAUUUGAAGAUACCAUCUUGUUCCCCGAAGGUGGCGGGCAACCUACCGACCAUGGAUUUGUGGCAGGUCGGAAAGUAACGUCGGUUGUGCGCAAAGGAGCUAUAGCCGUCCACUUUGUAGAAGACGAAGGGAAUAAUAGUGCACCGUUUGCUGCCGGGGAGGAAGUCCUACAGCGUGUAGAAUGGUCUCGCCGGUUUGAUCAUAUGCAGCAACAUUCUGGCCAGCACCUCAUAACAGCUAUAUUUGACCGCGAGUUCAAGUACAACACCAGGUCCUGGUGGUUGGGUACGGAAAGUUCGUAUAUCGAUCUCGAUGCGAAGGACAUUGGCCGCGAGCAACUCGAAAGGGUGGAAAGCAUAUGCAACCAGCUGAUUGUCGAUUGCACUCCCGUCGAGGUUAACGUGUACGAACCGGACGAUCCGGCGCUGAAGUCCGAUGUUACGCGAGCAACCCGUGGCCUCCCGGAGGAUGUAUCGGGCCCUUUACGCGUAGUAACGAUAGCCGGUAUCGAAAGUAACAUGUGUUGCGGAACGCACGUUCGUAAUCUAAGCCAAUUGCAAACAAUUAAGCUGCUUAGCGUCGAGAAAGCGAAAGGAAAGUGUCUAGUGCAUUUCCUGGUAGGAGGCCGUGUGCUUCGAAAACUGACGGAAUGCUACGAUCGAGAGGUUCAGCUGAACACGCUUUUAAACGGUGGCCCCUCUUCGCACAUUGAACUGGCGAAGAAGCUACAAACUACCGUACGAAUUACGCAGCGUACUGCUAAAAAGCUGACUACCGAGCUGGCCACAGCUGAAGCGGAAAAGUUAAACGCACUACGGGCCAAUGGCCCACCGAUGUACGUUCUGCUUCAUCGAAACGAUGGACAGGAGUCGGAUUUCAUCAAUACGUUUCUUCGCGUAGUGAAGCUGCCCGAUUGCUUUUUCUUUCUCACGAACGCCGACACGGACGGUAGUGGAAAAGGGCAGCUCGUUCUGCAGGGCAAACCGGAGGAUGUUGCCAAACUGGGUCCAGAAAUAUGUAGUCUGCUGGAAGGAAAAGGUAAUGGAAAAGGUACACGCUUUAAUGCCAAAGUAAAUAAGCUAAAAAAUGUACCACAAUGUGAAAAACUAGUCCGAGAACAUUUUCCGUGUAACGACACUGCGGUUGAAAAAUGAAGCGCAAAUGGAAAUAAAGCAGUAUUCGAAUGGUUCGAAUUGUGAUGCUUAAGAAA